AUGUUGCUCCGCUGCUGGAACCCUCCCUCCUGGUCCACCUGUAGGUUUUUCUUCUGCUUUCUGCUGCUGCUCCAAACGCCCCGGUCCUCCUCUCCGCUGAUCACAGGUACCGAGGCCAGCUGCGAUAACGAGGGAGAGGUCCUCCACAUCCCCAACAUCACCGACAACCCCUGCAUCACCUGCGUCUGUCUGGAAGGGAAGGCCGACUGUAAACAGGAGAAAUGUCCGCUGGUCUCUGAAGACUGUGCUCUGGUGGUGAAACAGACCGGAGCCUGCUGUGAGAGGUGUAAAGGUUGCAUGUUGGAUGGACGAUCCUACAACAGCUCAGUGUCCUGGACCACCUCCACCAAACCCUGCAUAACUAGAAGAUGUCAGGAAGGUGUCAUCACUGAGGCGGAGGUGCAGUGUGUCGUCCACUGCAAGAACCCCAAGAUCCACCCGAAGAAGUGCUGCCCCACCUGCCCAGGUUGCAUCUUUGAGGGUCGUCUGUAUAAAGAGAAGGAGGAGUUCAGUCCAGAGGGUAAACCCUGCAUCAAGUGCACCUGCACUGGGGGGCGGACUCUCUGCAUGAAGGAGGUGUGUCCUGUCCUUUCCUGCCCCGCCCACCUGACCCACACCCCGCCCGGGCAGUGCUGUCCCAGAUGUCUCGGUCAGAGGAAGGUGUUCGAUCUGUCUUUAGGAAGCUGUCUGUUCCACAGUGAGGUCUAUGAGAACGGCACUUGCUUCAUUCACGACAACUGCACCACCUGCACCUGCAAGGAUUCAACAGUGGUGUGCAAGAAGCGGUGCUCACGGCCGGGGAGUUGCCAGGGCAACCAGUGUUGUGAUGAGUGUUUGUCCUACGUGAAGGUGGAGGAGGUGAAGUACUGCAGAGUCCGGAACAAGAUCUACAGGGAAGGAGACAUGUGGUCGUCAGUGAACUGCACUCUGUGCGCCUGUGUCAAAGGAAACAUCGAGUGUCGGCCCAAACACUGUGUACCAAUCACCAGCUGCCCCUCGAAUAAGAUCCUGAACAGAACCGGCUGCUGUCCGGUUUGCACUGAAAAGCCAGGUGUGUGCACAGUGUUUGGGGACCCUCACUACAACACCUUCGAUGGCAGGACCUUUAACUUUCAGGGGACGUGUCAGUACGUUCUGACUCGCGACUGUGGCGGCGUCCCCACCGGAAGUCCAGGAAAUAACAUCAACAGCCCAGACUCCAGCUUCACGGUGUUGGUGAAGAACGACGCCCGGCGGACCCGCUCCUUCUCCUGGACUCAGUCGGUGGAGGUGAGGCUGGGGGGUUUGAUCCUCAGCCUGCACCAGCACCUGACGGUCCGGAGGAACGGCACCCGCAUCGCCCUGCCCUACCACGGCCCCGGCGUGCACAUCGACCUGGACGGAUAUCUGCUCAAACUCACCACCAUCGCAGGUCUGGAGAUCACGUGGGACGGUGACAGUUUCGUGGAGGUCGUGGCGGCCCCCCACCUGCGCGGACGCCUCUGCGGCCUCUGCGGCAACUACAACGGCCACAAGCGCGACGACACCAUGGGAGGCGACGGCCAGUUCAAGUUCGACGUGGACGAGUUCGCCGAGUCGUGGCGGGUGGAGGGAAACGAGGUGUGCUCCCAGCAGCCCCCGCCUCGCCGGCCGACGCCCUUCCUGUGUCCGGGCAGCGUCAAGGUCAAGUUCCGCGCUCACCGGGAGUGUCAGAAGAUCAAGUCGUGGGAGUUUCAGAAGUGCCACCGCGUGGUCGACUUCGCCCCUUUCUACAGGUCGUGUGUGACAGACAUGUGUGAGUGUCCGGUCCAUAAAAACUGCUACUGCGAGUCCUUCAUCGCCUACAGCCGAGCCUGCGAGAGGGAGGGAGUACCCGUCGUCUGGAGGCCCGACACUGCCUGUAUGGCCACCCAGUGUAAACACGGCGCCGUGUACGACACCUGCGGCCCGGGCUGCACCAAAACCUGCGACAACUGGAACGAGAUCGGACCGUGCCACAAGCCCUGCGUGGCCGGCUGCCACUGUCCCGCCAACCUGGUGCUGUUCCAGGGACGCUGCAUCAAACCCAUAUCCUGCCCCGGGCGGUGA